AUGUUUGGACGCCGAGCUCUGGAAGAAGAGGAGAUGUCGUUGUUAUCCUCUAAAAGAUUGGAGUCUGACGAAGAGAUUGUAAACCAAGACGGUGCCGAACAGCUUGAUAAGGCCAGAGAAGCUGUUCGGGAGCAGGUUCGACAUAGCCUCUUCGAUCGUGAUGUGACCGUCAGGCGCCGAUUGCCGAAGCUCAAGCCUGGUGAUAGGGUUCUAAUCUUUCGCCCAUCUAUGAAGCCUGGCAGAGCAGGUGCUGCUGGGUCUUACAGUGAUAAAGUUUAUGUAGUUAUGAGGGUUCUCGACUACGUUUUGUAUCUCCGUCCAGAAGACUGUCAAUCUGAUCCUCAGACUGAAGUUCGAGAACAUAUCCGUAAUGUUCGUUUGUAUUACCGUUAA